GAUUUUAAGUCGCCAGUGCACCUCGAUCUGUUUGUGGGUGUGGGGUGACCCAUGCUCCCUGUGCUGGGAUGCCAGUGUUUGCGCCUCCUGCUGGUUCUUGUUUGGGCACCAGUCUGCAGCGACGAGCAGGAAGUGGUGAUGUGCUGCUUGUCUCCGCAGUAGCUGGGCUGGGGGGGGGGAGACACGGCGCGCAAGUCUUCGCUGCAUCUGGGCGCUGGUGUAUGCGAGGUCGGGGCAGGUAGAGUGUGGGCACAAGGUGGUGGCGGCGGCUCCAGCGCGGAACGCCAGCCUGGAUCAGGCUGCCACUCAACGCGCUGGGAGUGGAGCUUCCCUCCACACCGACCUGAUCAAUCAGUUCGGCCGCAACCUCGACAGACGGAAGCAGGAAAUAUUGCAGAGGCACGACAGCUGAACAAGAUGUAGAACAUAUGAAAUUCCACUGACAGCCACUAAAGGAACGUUUUUGUGAUGGGGCUUCGAGUUCAUUUUGUCUAUGACCCCCAGGGUUGGUGUUGCAUCAGUAUAAUCACCUUCAUUUGGCUGUACAAUACAUACUACAUCCCCAAACUUGUGCUCUUCCCUCACUAUGAAGAAGAACAUAUUCCAGCUGCUGUCAUAGUGGUUUAUUACUUGGUGUCACUAUUCUGUGUAACUUCUUUGGUGAGAGCCUCCAUUGCUGACCCAGGGAGAUUGCCACAAGACCCGGAAAUUCCAUAUUCAGAAAGACAAAACUGGGAAAUCUGUAAUAAAUGCAACAAGAUGAGACCAAAGCGAUCUCAUCACUGCAGUAGAUGUGGGCACUGCAUUCGGAAAAUGGAUCACCAUUGCCCUUGGAUAAAUAAUUGUGUUGGAGAAGACAAUCAUUGGCUCUUCCUACUGCUAUGUUUCUACACACAGUUUCUGAGCUUCUUUACAUUGAUCCUCAAUUUCUGCCAAUAUUACUACCUCCAACCUCUAACAAAAGCGAAAGAGGAGUUCUUUAUGUUUCGGCAUGAAUUGGCCUUGCUGCGGAUAUCUACCUUAAUGGCCUUAGUGAUGACCGGAGGGAUGUCCGGCCUCUUUUACAGUCAGCUGACAAACAUUCUGGCAGAUGUGACAACAAUAGAAAGAAUGUCAAGUUGCCUAGAUGAGACAUUGAAGCCCAGAAAGCCUUGGCAGCAAACAUUCUCAGAAGUGUUUGGCACUCGCUGGAAGAUCCUGUGGUUCAUUCCAUUCAGGCAGAGGCAACCGCUGCGAGUCUCCUGCAAUCAUGCCAAUCACGUUUAAUAGAUGGAAACUGCAAAGAGGAGUCCUCCUGUGUCGAAGUAUUUAGCAACCUAUCAGUAAUACUCCCAUCCCCUCAUUCCAUUUGAAACUUGACACUUACUUUCCUAGCAACAGUAAUGCCUUCCAAGUAACAUUCCUAACAAAAUCCUUUCUCUGUUAAUGGCUGCUGUAGGUUGCCUUUCAAGGUCAAUGAGGAGUACCAGAUACAACCCUUUGAAAAUACCACAAUGGUCUUGGAAAUAUUCACUGUUAAUAUUUAGAAAUGUGGGGAUUUUGCUUAUAAUGGGACUCUUCCAGCCAACUUUGGCCUGACCUGUAUCAGAAGAUUAAUGGGAUGACCAUUUUGGUCAAAACAUGACAGUGACUGUCCUUCAUUUUCUUCUGGAAUUUUCUUCAAAUAAGCAUAUUGAAAUGUUUUGGUUUGUGAAAGCUCAUAGCAAUAUUGUAACAUCUGAGUCAAACUCAUUAGUGAUUCAUUCUGAUUUUGGAUGUUAAAUUCUUUUGCAUAAAGCAGUUGCAAACCAUGCAUUACUCAACCUAUGCAGUUCACUAAAAAGAUACGAGUUUUAAGGUCACAUGUUAGUGCAAGGAAAUGUGUUUUAGAUUAAUUGUUUGGGUGCUUUCUGGAAAAACUUAGUUCUGGUUUUAAAAUAUUUUAAAAAUGUGUUGCUUCACAUGUGUUUUUUUAAUGUUUUGUACAUUCAGUUUAUGUAGUUCAUUUAUACCAAUAUUUAAUUUUUGUAUCAAACAUCGUUGACCUGGCUAUCUACUAUUUAUUACUACUGAGGAUUACAAGAUUAUUUCUUUUGUACAAAUGAAAAAAUUAACGAGUGAGAACUUUAAAAUUUUCAAUUAUCGAGGAUCAUGGAACGUCAGAUGUACCUGAUCGGGUGGUGAAUUACUGUGUAAUGUGACCAAUCCUGUGGGAAGCAAUUAACAAGGUGGCAAUUCAAAGUGAAACAUCUUAUCAAGUGCCUAUAAUUUGACUAUAAUUUAUCAUUUGGCUUGUUCUAACUGUUCAGGAACCAAAGAUGUUAUUUAAAUUGGGACAGGUACAAAUGAUAAAUUAAUGUUUUUAGUGAAACCUGCAGUAAAUUGUUGCAGUAACUUUGUAUUAUGAUGAUUAGCAUAUAGAUUGAUCUUGAUAUUUCUGUAGUAAUCAUGUGUGAUUUUAACAUGUGUGAAAAUUGUGGUAUCUUUGAAUAUGGAAUAUCAUAAUACGGAGUAAGUGCUCUUUGCUAUGUUUUGAAGACUACAGAGGUAAAUUGUUGCAUGAAGCUGUAAGAAAUACUGAUACUGGACAUAUCAGUGAUUCUAAACACAUAAUAUGUUAGAGAACAGGUCAGGGUAAUUGUGGAGAAAUUUGCUCUGCCAUUUAUGUGUACAAUCUUGACCUCAUAAAUGUUAAAGUAGCAUUGGUAUUUGAUUAAAUAUUUCACAAGA